CCAGAAUGUGGAACAGAUGCAUUACGAUUUGCUUUAUGUUCAUACAUGUCUCAAGGACAUGAUAUAAAUUUGAGUAUUCUCCGUGUACAAGGUUAUCGUUUUUUCUGUAAUAAAAUUUGGAAUGCCAUAAAGUUUGCACUUAUGUACUUCAAAAAAGAAUUUGUACCUUCCCCAGUAUCAGAGAUUGUAAACUUAAACAACAUGGAUACAUGGAUUUUGAGUCGCUUAUCAUUAGCUGUAGAAUCAUGUAACACYUCAUUUGAAAACUAUGAACUCAAUGGUGCAACAACUGCAUGUUAUAAUUUUUGGUUAUAUGAUUUAUGUGAUGUGUACUUGGAAUCACUAAAACCAGUAUUUGCAUCUAAUGAUAUAAAUAAGAUUMAAACUGUUCAAAACAUAUUAUUCUGCUGUUUGGACACAGGAUUGAGAUUGUUAUCACCAUUUAUGCCAUUCAUUACUGAAGAACUUUACCAAAGAUUGCCACACUCAGAUAUUACUAGAUAUCCUAGUAUAUCUGUUGCUUUAUAUCCCGAAACGAUGAAAUAUUCUUGGCGGGAUUUAAAAACUGAAAAUGAAGUUGAAAUUAUUCAGAAAAUUGUCCACAGCAUUAGAUCAGCUUUAUCAGAUUAUAAUGUUCCUAAAAGUUCAAAAACUGAGACAUAUAUUAAUUGUUCUGAUGAAAGUACAUUAUGUACCGUAACUAAAUUUAAAUUAGAGAUAGCUACUUUUGCCAAUUGUAGUAAAGUGGAACUUGCAAAUGCUUCUUCUAUACCCAUUGGAUGUGCUAUCUUGCCUAUAUCUGAUAAAUGUCAAGUACAUCUUUUAUUGAAGGGCUUAAUUGAUACAUCUAAGGAAGUGGAAAAGUUGAAAAAAAAAAGUGAUCUAUUAUCUCAAACUAUAGAGAAACUAAAUAAAGCAAUGAGUGUAGCAGAUUAUGAAACAAAAGUUCCUGAGGAUGUGAGAAGUGCUAAUAAGGACAAACUCAAACAGUCACAGGACGAGUUAGAUAGACUCACUGAAGCAAUUGGAGUGCUGAAAAUAAUGGAU